ACAUAUGUUCUGUUUAUUGACAUUUGGAAAAAAAAUUUACUAAUUUUGAUUAAUCAAUUAAUCAUAUUUCUCAUUAUUAAUGAGAAUUAUAAAUUAAUAAAGGAAUCUCAAUGGAAUGUAAGGUAUUACCUGAAGGCUGGAAACGCGAAGAGGUCUCUCGGAAGACCGGAUUAUCGACUGGAAAGACCGAAGUCUAUUACUACAGUCCGGAUGGAACUAAAUUCCGAAGUAAACCUCAACUGGCCAAAUACCUUGGAGAUUCUGUUGAUUUAACGAGCUUUGAUUAUCGAACGGGUAAAAUAAACGCUUUAUUGUUACGGAAGAAUAAGAAUCUGAAAGAUAACAUAAAAGGUGUUAGAAUUAAUGAUUUUGGAUCAUCUCUACCCGUUAGACGAACCGCUGCGAUCUGUAAACAACCAGUUACCAUUAUAAAAACUCACACUGGAAAUAAAUGUAAACACGAUUUGAAACAUGGAUCAAAUGAUAAACCCAAACAAGUAUUUUGGGAGAAACGUUUAGAAGGUCUGAGAGCUACUUAUUCUAAUCAAGAAUUUUAUGAGAAUUUCGAUUUACCCAAAAACAUGAAACCCGUUGGACCAAAUGUCGGUAAUGAUACAGCUCUUCGUAGUGUGGCCACGGCUUUACAUCUUCACGUGAAACCGAUAACUGGACAAACAGCGGCUCGAAGUGUUCUCGAUAAAAAUCCUGGUGUAUUUAUCGAUCCAAGGCAGCCCUUAAUUGCUCCAAUUGUGAUCACCGACGAGGAAAUCAAACGCCAAGAGGAAAGGGUUAACAAUUUAAGACGAAAAGCUUCAAUAGCUGUAAACGAUUAUGAGAAAUGUUUAGACUCAGUAGCUGAUUAAUUGUCCCGAGAUAAUAAUCGACUAAUUAUCACAAUCAAGAUGAACAUUAAUCUCAACAUAUCAGCAUUUUUUUUAACAAUCAAAACCAAUUGAACAACAUUAAUUUAAUUCUUCCAUUGCAAGUUGAUCAUCAACUAUCAAUCAAAUCAAUUUUUCUGUUUAGUUUUUACAAUCAAUCAUUUUGUUUAAUUUUCCUUAGAACUUUAAUCUUGUCUUAAUCAUCUCUAAUCAUUUUAAAUGGUAUAAUCAUUAUUUCAAUUCAUUAAAAUUAUUUAAUUCACGACGAAUUGAAACAUUUGUAAACAAAUAA